ACUUGGUGGCGUGCCAAUUGAGCAGACAGUCGAGCCAACGCCAAGUCCGGACGCACACCCAUGGAUGCCGCGGACGCCGAAAUGUUCCGGCAGGACGACGAGUUCCUCGAGUACCUGAUGUCGCUGCCCAAGCCGCCGGAGGAGCAGCGGCCCCUGAGCCAGGUGGCCCAGGCCGAGAGCAGCCUCGAGUCGCCCGAGGCGCCCUCCAAGGUCGGUUUGGACCACUUGGACAAUUUGUGCAAGCUGAUGGAGCAGCUGGGCGACCUGAAGGACCAGAACAAUAAAUUGCAGCGGCGAGUGCAGUACCUGGAAGACCUGCGAGCCCUGCAGGAAAUGCACAAGCAGCUGCUGGCCAGGACGCAGAACUCGCAGGAAAGUCUCUUGGACAAAAAGGGAAAGGAGGAGGAGUUUGAAGAAAUGGACAGGCAGCACUCAGAGGAGCUGGAAGACGGCGCCAUUCCAGCCAAGUCCAAGGUGUCCAAGUGGACGCGGGUCAAAGAGGCCUUCAGGUGGGAAAAGGCGCAAAUCGAGCCGCAAGAGUCGCGGUCGCAGGACAGUGGAAUCGGCCUGUGCCCUGACAGGGCGGGCCAUGUGGUGCAUCAGGGGGCGGGGGAGUGUCGGGACCUGAGAGUGUGUGUUGAAGAGUCUGUGCUGAUGAGUUCAAAUCAACUGCUCAGCUCGUCGUCGUCGUCCAAUGAGGACUUGAUGGAUAUCGAACUCAACUUUGGCGCGCUCAACGAGGCUGCGAACGCGUUUGCUCAGAAUCUCUCAGAAUCAAGUCCGACGGCGGAGCAGAGGUUGCGGCGGUCAGCGUCCCCAAUGGACACUGAAACCGAGCGUCGCAGCAAGUCAACGGAAAGUGCGCAGGAAGAAGCGAAAUUGGAGAAGAAAGCAGGUCUGAAGACGCCGUGGAGCAAAGUGAAAAACAUCAUCCAGACGAGGAGGGAUAGUCUGAAAAGGCGAACGCUGCCCGGCGCUUCCAGGCUGAGCGACGACGAGCUUGAAGACGAGCCGCUGUGGCACCGCGAGCACCAAAGGUUCAGGGAGCAACACAAGAAAUUGCCGGUGCUCACCCUGACCAUGCCUUCGACUGAAGAGGAGAACGUCAACCCGGCGCUUUUGACACCAAUCGAGUGUCGCCACAGAAAGGAAAGCUUUCCUAGAAAGAUUUCCUCGCAAAGAAGUGGUAGUUUAGGCGUUUCCCCUCCUGUUAUUCGGCGGCCCUCGAAGUGGACGAAAGUCAAAAAAGCAUUUUUGACCUCUAGACGAUAUGAAGAAGCUCCGAACGCAGUGUCAAUGCCCAGCAGCCCUCAUACGGGUGGUUUUAAAUUUUCUCAACACGACGACAUAAAAGGAGCUCGCAGGAAAAGUACUUCUGGCGACGUGGAUCGCAUGGAAGACGUGAAUCACUACCAUUUGUCCCCACAAUUCCGCAAAAGACUACUUGAAUGGCAAAUUAGACGGGCGAUGUCAGGAAAGGCGGCUCCACAGGAGGAGGACGACCUCCACAGAGAACUUCCAGAAGAGUUCGCACGCAAACUGGACGAGUGGAAGAAAAUCAAAGAGGGCAAGCUGAGUCCACGGCUGAACAGGAAAGACUCGGAGAAAAACAAAGCCAACCAGAAGGAAAAGCAACUGCAGUGGCUGGAGAAGGAGUUAAGCAAGGUGGAGAGAGAGAAGCAGAGACUGGAACGAGAGAGGGAGAAGUUCCUCGAACGAGAAGCGAGACUGGAGCGAAUGCGAAGGGCGAUUUUUCCGGGCGAGGGUCGCGACGGGCCCGAGCAAGAGGUGCUCAUCCAGACCUCGACGGGUUUCUUCCGCUUCCACGGCAUUUCGGAGCAGUUCACCAAGAAGCUCUUUGAGUGGGAGCAGCAGCGGGGAAUCGCCCCUGAGGCUUCAACGUUCGCCCUGCUCGACCCAAAGUACCACCCUGAGGGCGAGGCGGAGAGCGGCAAUUUGAUCAGGUGCAAAUCGGUCGGAAGCGUUGCCGAACAGACAGGAAAUUCGAGUCUGAUCGUCCAGAGCCAACCAUCAAGUCUGUCUCUGAACGAUGUAGAAGCGCUUGAGGCGGAACUUGAAGAAAAUCGUAUGUCGUCGGAGCCGAGGCUAAGGGCGGAUAGUUUCAACAGACCGCGCGCAGACAGCAGGUCAAAGCCCCGAUCGCGAUCCAACAGCAAGUCUCGUCCGAGGCCGCCGAUUGGACGUCCGCCUAUCAACGCGCAAGAUGUGCCAAGUGCUGUGAUCGUCGAUGUAGAGGCCACCGUGGAGGUCACGGCACCCUUGGUGGCCAUUCCGUCCAUCCAGCACGAGGUUCCGCAGUGGAGCACCGCCGAGCAGGAGAAAACGAUUUUGACAAAGGAAGAUAUUUGCACGAGCGUCGGGCAUUACCACGUGAAACGAGCUGACUCGGUCAGGAGUUCAAGCAGCCACCAACUGUUGGAGGAAAACAUGAAGCUGAUUGCAGAACUGAAGGAGAAAGAGUCGAUUUGCAGGCAGUUGGAGCUGGAAAUUGAGCAGAUUGAGAGAAAGAUGAAUGACGUUUCUUACACGCACCAGAAACAAUUAGAGAGACUACGAAGAGAGGAGAGAGAUCCAGAAGAUGAGCCAUGCGAGGACAGGGUGCAGCGUCUGCGGCGGAGCGUGAUGGACUUGGGCGCACGCAGAGAGCGACUUCAGAUGCAGACGCAGGCCCUUCAAGAUUCAUUCGAGGAAGCAUCACAGCAACAAGCGUCGUUGGCACAGAGCCUAAUGGACCACAUGAGGCUGCUCAAGCAGGGCGUCGAGGAGGAGGCGGCGGCCGCGUGUCCGCCAGAAUUCCGCUUGGAGAACGCGUACGUCGACCCGGUAGCCAAGGUGGAGGCCCUCUCGGCGCAGCUCAUAAUUCUGGCCGAGAAGUUGGAAAGAGCGCUGAGUUCGCGCAGCAGCAGCAGCCAAAGGGAGGCACCGCCGCGCCGCGCGGAUUUGCACACGUCCGCGUCGCUCGGCUGUCUCAGCCAGCGGAGUUACGAGCAGACCGGCUCGCCCAGGCGCACCAGAGUCAUACACCAAAAGCAAAGCUCGCAAGAACUGGCCGAACUGCCGCACUUGUUGACGAGCAAAGUGCUCGAGCUGCAGCAGGGCUUGAAUAAAAUCUGCGCUGCGUCGAAAGAAGCGGAAAAUACUACUAGUCCAGAGCGGGAGACGAACACCGAGGAGGAUGACAGUGAAUGUGCAACAGCAACGUUCGUCGUCCGUCUGAAUCGUCCUCCAGCACACGUGGUUGAAGAAGUGCCGUCGUCACCUCAGGCGUUCUGGCGGCGCGUGCCGGUGCAGAGCGAGCGCUCCAGCAGCACCAGUUCGUCCUCGAGCGAGUACGGAAAGUCGGACGGCUCGUACUCGAACGACGUGCUGGCCGUUCUGGAGCGCAAGAGCCAGUCGGGCAGCUCGCAGCCAGAGGAGUGCGAGACGAAGCCGCCGUCGGGACGACAGGAGGACGAGACGCCGUUCGAUCCGAAGAUGCCGGUGCGGAACUGCAGCCUGAAAAGGAGCAAGAACUUCCGCAUGGAGAGCCGCGAGACGUGGAAACAGCAGCAGCAGAGCCAGUUUGUGACCUCGGUGAUGGCGUGCGAGACCACCUCGGAGGCGAGCAAGCUGAAGACUCGCAGGGUGUCGGACACGCACGUCGCCUACCGUAGUCAGGAGGGCCCCAGCGUGAUCGUGCCGACGGUGCGCAAGAUUUUCUCGCCGGUGCAGAGCACGAACGACUCGAUCAUCGGCUACGUGAUCAGCGACAGCCCGUCAGGCGAGCCCGGCAAGCAGGAGGCACCGCCCUGGCGAAGGGUGCGCGACUCGCAGUCGGCAUCACCCGCCCUGCCUCGCAAAAUCCUGGCCGGCGGCUCGCCCGAGAGCUCGCCGCUGCGGCCGCGGCGCUUCCUGGGCGACGGCGCCAACCUGCCGCCGCCCUUCCCCAGGUCACCAACGCCCUGCCGCAAGAAUGGCGAGCCCAAGGUGUCGUCGCCCAGCAUCAAGCAGAUGGUGGCCAAGUACAACCAGCGCUUCGGCGACCAGGCCGGCCCUGAGCCCAGGGCCACGACCCCCGUGUGGCGCUCGCCGGUGCUCGAACGCAGGGACGGCCAGGUCAAGGCCCAAAUGGCCAGGUACCAGGACGACAUCAAGAAGGCGCUGCAGGACGGAUUCACAGGUGCCAGGUGGAGCAAGACCGUGCAGAAAUCUGCCAGCGCGGGAGCGAUCAGAUUUCCUCAAACCCAACCGCAAGAGCCACCGCCGCUGUUGAAAUCCUCCAGCGCCGGCCUGAUAAAGUGUCCCACGGCCCCAACCGACGUCCCGCUGACGCCGCCUCCUCCGCCUCCGAGAAAGCAUUUUGAGUUGCCAAAACUUGAAAUUAGGGACUCCAUCGACAGCACCAGCACGAAGGAAACUCCACCGUCCCCUCUGGACGAGUCAAUCGACCAAACCUUGAAGGAAUAUCGAAAGAAGCCAGCUAGUCCUUUGCAGAUGGGCAACAUGAGGGUGCACAGAGCUCCGUGCGUGCGAGCGCUGAAGCUGAAGCGGGCGAAGGAAGAGUUCCUCUCCCGAGGCCCAGGCAGCAUCAGCGCCUUCUUCGGCGAGCCGGGCUGCAGGUUGAGCCAGGCGAGCGCGGGCAGCGGCUCAAGCUACGAAGACCUUUUGCUCGGGGGUGGCGGCGGCGAGGAGGGCAUCACCAAGUCGGCCAGCGCCGGCAUGAUCAACGUCGAGGCCAACACGUACCACCGACUGGCGGCCGGUCCGUCCACCCUGGAGGCGAGCAAGAGCGUGUCGGAACUGAAGCCGGCGCGCAAGGCGUCCGGCUCGUCGCUCUUCGGCUUCUCCAACCUGGCGUCCAAGUUCCGCAAGGUGCGUCUCCGGAAGAAGGAGUGCCUGAACACGGUGUCGCAGUUGUGCCGGCAGUCGUUGCUCGUUGACCUCAACAUGGCGCAGGACAAAAAGGUGCUGGCCUCCAGCAGCGUGACCAGAGACUCGACGCCGUCCACCCUGACUAAUCCUGAGAGCAGGAGUUGUCCGAACUCGCCUGAGUGGAUCAGGAAGAACUUGAAACGAUGAAUUUCAUUGCGAAUGUUUACUUGUCCGAAUGUAAUUUGUGCAAAAUGGGUGAUUUGGAAUUUGUUUGAAAUUACGGAGUUUAACCGUCUGAAAAUCAAUAAUUUGUUAACUAAUAUUUUAAGUUACUCGGUUCAACGAUCUAAAAUUUAAGAAUGGGUUUCAGAAAAAAUGCAAGUUUUGGGCUCAUUUGGUUCUUAAAAUUUAAUGGAUUUAAAUAGCCAGGAAAAUAGCCAAUAGUUCCUAAAGCCCCAACAAUUGCAGAAAAAAGGGAUAGAUCGUAAAAUAAUAGUUUAAAUAGUUAAAUUCUUAACGUGCAAAAAAUUGGACCAAAUAUGCGUUACGACUUCAUAAUCCCUAAUAUUCUGUUGUUUAAUUAAUAACUUUAAUUUUUUUCCUCCCUGAGAGAUGAAAGAAAAAAUCUAGUAAUUCGGUGAUUAGAUAAUGGUUUCCUUAGACCAUGGUUAAGGGUUCUGAAAAUAAUUUCUAGAUAGCAAAAAUUUCUUAACCUGCUCGGAAACAAAUUUUACGAGAUGAUUUGGACCUCUUAGGCCCAUCAGUACUCAAAUGUCUACAUUCUCCAGUUCACGUACCACGAAAAAUUAAACUGGAAAAAAUAAACUUUCUGGCAGUUCCUAAUUUUGGCUAAAUUAUCUUUCAGACGAAUUCUAUUUCUUCUGACAAUCUCCGGAUCACCCAUUUUGGGCAAAUUCCACUCAGACAAAGCAAACCUACCCAUUUUAUUUAUUUAUUAAUUUAUUAUUAUUCUAUUCGAGGAUCGAAUGGAUCUGCAAUGAGGAUUAUAGAACCGUAAUCCGCCAACUACUGUGUACAAACUACGAAUAAAAAUCACAAUAAGUCGUCAAA